UAUCCAGUUCCCCUCAUUGACUAAAACUGGCACUAAAAUAUAACUUUGUUUCGCUAUUGUUGGUUUUUGUCUGCAGACAGAUGGGUAACCAGACCACCAUGGGGAGCCAUAAGACCAAGCACGACAAAAAACGCGACGAGUCGUCCAAGAAACGAAAGAAGAGCCACAAGUCCGACAGAGAUGGGGGAGUGGAGCAUGAGCGGGCCCGAAAGAAGGCGCAUGUCGCACCCACAUCGACGUCGACACUGACACCGACGCCUGCAGCAGCACCUACACCAGCAUCUGCACCAGCACCAACAUCAGUAUCAGCAUCAGCAUUUGAGCGGCGAGCAUCGGUAACGAGCAUUAUGACCCAAGUCAAAGCUGAGGAUAUGCAGGGACUGGAUAGUUUGGGCGGUAUGUUGGACUCGGACGAUGACAAUGCGGAUUCCUCGGACGACGAUAAUGACAGGAGCGCCAAAAAUGCGGCUGCGGCUGCGGCUGUUGCUGUUCAAAGGAACAAGACGCUUACAUUAGUGGGCGGGGCUGGUGCUAAUGCCAAUGCUAAUGCUAGCGCAAAGCCAAUUGGCGACAAGGCGAAAGCGGUAAAGACAAGUUCUAAAGCUGGAGCUACCGGAACUGGAACUGGAACUGGAGCCGGAGUGACGAGUUCGAGGUUGACGUUUGAGCAGAUCAUGAGUAUGCCCGACAAAAACCCUGGCGAGGGCAGCGGCAGCGGCAGCGGAAAGCAUAAGAAGAAGCAGACAGUAGUCGAUAAGGUCAACGCCAAUGAUAAGGGCAGCGAUGAAGCCGAGAAGGCGAAGAAGGAUACCAAGGACCGCGAAAUCAAGGAUCGCAAGAGCGACAAGUCGAACAAGAAGGAUCGAAGCAGCGGUCCCGCCUCAGUGGAUGCCAUGGAGGAUCGAUUGAAGGUUGAUAUGGCCCUGCAUUCAGAUAACCCCCUGCACACCAAAUGGUUGUUGGCUCACGAACUGAAGGAGCAAGGCAUCACGUACCAUAAGGGCAACUUCAGCGCUCAAGAGGAUAGGAUCAUUCGUGAGACCGUCCGCGAUUACAUUGCCCGAAACAACAAGCCUGAGGACUUGGUCGAACGGUGGUUCUCAGAACAGCAGGGAUAUACACGCGCGGACAAGAACGGACUGGCGGCAUUGUGGACCGAGAUUGCCGUUCGUCUGGAGACCCGCCCUUUGCUGAACAUUUACCUCCACGCCCGCCGAAUGUAUCAUAACCAGAACAAUGUUGGAAUAUGGACGAAAGAGGAUGACGCGAAGCUGCUCGAGCUAUACCAGCAACACCAGGGUCAAUGGACGACCAUCGGUCAAAGCCUCGGCCGCAUCGCCGAUAGCUGUCGUGAUCGGUAUCGGAACCAUCUGAAGGUCAAGGACACAAUGGUCGUCGGCACCUGGUCGAAGGAGGAGGACGAACAGCUCCUCGAUAUUAUGCACGAACAGGCGCUCAGACAGGGCAAGGCGACUGUGCUGGAAUCGGAUCAUAUGUGGACAUCAAUCUCGGAAAAGAUGGAAGGCACGCGCUCGAGACAUCAGGUUCGCCAUCGGUAUUCGUUUGCGCUGUUGCCUCGGCUGCAAAAGGGAGGCCUGACCUGGACAAAGGCUGGAGCUGCGGUCGCGGCGCAGAAAGCAGCUGAAAAGGCGAAGGCAUCGUCCGUCGAGUUGGAGGCCCACAAAGGCCCCUCUCUUAAUUAUGAUCGGCAAUUGCAGCUAGAUACCACCAAACACAUUGUGGAGCGAGGAUAUCGGAGACACAGGGAGGUGGAGUUUCCCCAAUUUGCCGAGGAACUGAAGAAGCAGGUGCAGGAAAGCAACGAGAUCCAGGUCGCAAAAUUCACGAAAGCGAAGGGCCAGCUGAAGAAACAGAAAAAGCCGCUCGUGGAGGACGGCGACUGCUCUGCAACGACAUUCAAAGCGGCUAUGGCGGCUAUGAAGGCGGCGCUCGUGGCGGCCCAAGAGGAAUCAGCAUACACGGUGAAGACGAUGAUGACCGCACCUGCGAUGAGUCGCAGGAUCCUUAGUAGGCGCAAGAAAGUCGAGAAUUACAAUCAGCUACCGUAUGAGGAGAUGAUCAAGCAGCUGCAGAAGAUAGUCGUGCAAUCCCUGGAUAAGGCCGGUAAGCGUCUGGAGGAAAAGAUGCCUGGUCGAAAGUUGCCCAAGACCACGGUGGAGAUGUUUCAGGAACAUCUAGUGUAUUAUGCACAAGUUGCUGCUCUGGAGACGCUCUUGAGAGAGUUUCCGGCGUUGCAUGAGGCAUUGCAGAACCAUCGGAGCGCUCUUAUGCCCGUUGAUGAAUAUUUGGGCGUGUCUACAGCUGUGAUGGAAAGUGCGGUGGAAGCAGCUGUGACCAAGGCAGGGGGAGACAAGUCUCUGCAGAGGCAAUUGAAACAGCAGUUGGCUGACCGGAAUCUGGCCGAGAAGCUUCUUAGCGAUGCGAUGGUCGCGGCUGGGUUGCCUCAGAUCCCUGAGCGGCGGAUGGUCAAGAAACCUAGGAAGCGAAGUCGGCCGCUGGCGAGGUCGAGCGAGAUCGUGGACGAUUCGGACGAUUCCUUGACGGACGAGAUUAUGGAGGAGGCGGAUGAGAUUGUGGAGGACUCGGAUGUGUCUUCUUCGAGCGAAAGCAACGAUUGAGAAAAGCAAUCAUUUGACCC